AUGACUGCGGCCCAGAUCACUCGCAGCUUGGAGGCGUACCUCAUGUGGCUACUCGGGAAGACGAUGUUCACGGACAAUCACGGGAAUACGAUCAGUGCGCGGUACAUCCCUAUAGCUCAGGAGAUAGCAGAGGCCACCGAAGCAGAGCACAUCAUUCAGAGGAGCUGGGGUUCUGCGGUCUUAGCCGCUACGUACCGAGGUAUGUGUAAGGGUUGCCAGCUAACCUCGCAUGGUUCUGGCAUCGUUGGUUGUCCACUCCUGUUGCAGCUCUGGUCAUGGGCGAGGUUUCCCAUCGGCCGUCCUGAGAAUAGAGAUGGAUCUUGGCCGCCAGACGAGUUGUACGACGCAGAGCGCAUCGACAUGCCGACGUUUGGUUCUCUAUGGACAUCGCGGAAGAGACAUUUUGGGCAUAAUCAGCUAAGGAAUUGCUACCCAGCAUUCACAGAGCAGUUUGACCUACUACUAGAGAGCGAUGUCACCUGGGAGCCAUACAGUGAGGAGCACCUCCACGAGGCAUACCCAGGCGGUAUAUCGAACAUGUGUACCAGAGAUUGGGCCUACUGGAUGACGAAGGCGAAGAUCAUCUUCGAUAUCUUCGUGGAGGAGAUGUCGCAGCAGAGGGUCAUGAGACAGUUUGGACAGCGUCAGCUGAUCGAGCCACCACCUCCCACAGUUCCUCUACCACCACGCGUCCACGCGUACAACAGAAAAGGAGCGAAUAAGACUGCUGCUGGAUGGUUGCAACUCCUCGCUCCGUACAUCACCGGUUGGGCCAAUGCGCCGGCAGUUUCAUGGGCCACCAUGGAGGCAUUUGAUCUUCAGGAAUUUGAGCACUACUUGCGGGCAUACAUGCCUAGGACACGACUUCGUCCGAGCCAGGCGUGUGACCCGGUUCAGAGGGAUCCCUCGACAAUGUGGGACACCUACCCUCGUCACUCCACUUCAGGCACUCGGCAUCACGCAGUAAGUCAAAUAUAUUUUUUCUACAUUUGGCCAACACAUAACUAA